CUUUCCUUCGCCUUUGCUUUGUUGAGACCCUCGGCUUCUUCGGGUUCCCCAUUUCUCCUCGGGAGGAAGCUACAGGUUCGGGGAGGCCUUGUUUUUUCCCUAGCUGUUGUGCGAUAAGAGCAGCUGUUCGUGCCUGCUGGAGGGGAAGUUGAGCUAAGUUGCGAGAGGAGGGAAUUUGCACCGGUUUCUGCAAGCUGCUGCCAGGUACGAGGGUGCAGCAACGCCUUUCGCAACCUUCCCGUCGUCCCAGGAAUCAUCUCUGCACACGAGCGCACGUAAAACUCGAGCUUUUGCAGCGGAAGGCAUUGGAAGUUUUUACUUAGCCAACGUCUGAAAGGGACCCGGAGAGUCCACCUUGCUGCUUAUCAGAAAGCUGGUUUUAGCAAAAGAUUUACAGACCGGUAGUAAGGAAGGUUUAAGGGAUGGAGACCCUGAGUGUGCAGGUGAACAUGUCCAUGGAGGAAGAGUCCAUGGAGCACCCAGAGCCGAAGAUGCCGAAGCAGUAUACUUCGCUGGUUCAACUCUGGGCAGACAUGGAGGCAAGGAAAGCCCCUUCUCGCAGGGUUCCUCGCCAACAGGUGAAAUGUAAACCUGAAGAGGGACUGCAAGAUUGCUGGGAAGCUCAGUGGCAGGAGUUCCUCGGCAGCCUGCAGGGUCCUCGCUCAGAGAGGGCCCAUGCUGAGGCAGUAGAGGAACCUAUGCCAUGGGCCAACACGAAGGCCUUCUUAACUUCCUUUGAGCAAGUUGCAUCUGCCUGCAAGUGGCCCCAGGACCAGUGGGCAACUCUUCUUGCGCCAGGACUCCGACAAGAAGCCGCGGAGGCCUUCAACAGCCUCAGUGGCCAAGAAAGAAGAGACUAUGGGAAGGUGAAGGCAGCCAUCUUGCGAAGGGAGGCCCUGGCCAGGGAGAAACAGCGCCGGGAUUUCCGGGAGUUUUGCUACCAGGAGACCGAGGGGCCCAGGGCUCUUUAUAAGCAUCUCCAGGGACUUUGCUGGCAGUGGUUGAAGGCCGAGAAGUGCUCGAAGGAGGAGAUCCUGGAGCUGCUGGUCCUUGAGCAGUUCCUAACUGUCCUGCCUCCGGAGAUGCAGAGCUGGGUCAGGGGUCACAGCCCUGAGACUUGCACUGGGGCUGUGCUCUUGGCUGAGGAGUUUCGGUCGAAGGGGAGCUCCGUGAAACAGGAGGAAGAGAGUCCGGGUCCUUUGGGGAUGCUGGCAGUUGAGGAGCCUUUCCAGGGAAGCCAAUUUCUACCACUAGGUUCAUGGGAAUGGCAGCUGCCAAGGAGAUGAAGCUGGACAUUGAGGAAGAAAUGAGUUCAUUCGAUGACGAUCACGACAGACAGACGAACCAAGACAACCAUCUUCCUCAGAGCAUUUCUGAGGCACCAGAAAAUGAGAUACUAAAAGAGACAUCAUACCCUCCCAGCGUUGCAAGGAGGAAGUGAGGCCUAAGAACCAGGAGGAUCCAGAAACAGAAUUGGAUUCCCCCAAAGGAAGCUUGGACGAAGUUGUUUCUGUUGGUAAAAGUGAUUCCGAUCCAGAAGAAGCCAAA